CUUUUUGCCUUGUAUAUAUCCUCCUUGUAUCUCAACCUUUCUUCUUUAAACUCCACCAUGGGGAAUUGUCUUCAAUCUUCUCCUAACAAAAGGGAAGCUUUGCCCAUUGACACCAUUUUCAAGCUUCCCUCGUCAAUACCCACUUGGUCAUCAGGUGAUGGGUUUGCAAGUGGAACCAUUGAUUUAGGAGGACUUCAAGUGUGUCAAAUAACAUCAUUCACCGAAGUCUGGACUGCCUAUGAAGGUGGACCAGAUGACCUUGGGGCAACAUUCUUUGAGCCUUCUUCUAUACCAGAUGGGUUUUUCAUGCUUGGUUGCUACAGCCAACCAAACAACGUGCAACUUUCCGGCUGGCUUCUCGCCGGAAAAGAUGUCUCCGGCGAAACUCUGGCGAGGCCAACCGAUUACACACUUUUGUGGAGCAGUGAGUCUCUGAAAAUUUACCGAGCCGGCUUUGGUUAUAUUUGGCUACCAACACCACCGGACGGUUAUAAAGCCGUCGGCCUUGUCGUCACAACCUCGCAGGAGAAACCCUCCGUCGAUAAAAUCCGAUGUGUUCGCUCUGAUCUCACCGAUGAAUGUGAGACCAGCUCAUGGAUUUGGGGCCAACGCACAGAGAGUAACAACAAUGGCUUGAAUGUAUACACAUUAAGGCCCACCAUUAGAGGAACUCAAGCUCAAGGUGUAUCUGUUGGUACAUUUACAGUCCAAAACAGUGAUGAUUCUUCUACAAUUUCUCUCUCUUGCUUGAAGAACAACAACUUCAACUUAUCUUCCAUGCCUAAUCUCAGUCAAAUUCAGUCUCUAGUUCAAGCUUAUUCUCCAUGGAUUUACUUUCAUCCUAAAGAAACUUACCUACCCUCUUCUGUGAACUGGUAUUUUAACAAUGGUGCACUGCUAUACCAAAAGGGUGAUGAAUCAAACCCUAUUUCGAUUCAACAGGACGGCUCAAAUCUCCCCCAAGGUGGUUCCAACGAUGGGGCUUAUUGGCUGGACCUUCCUGUCGAUGAAACUGAAAAAGAGAGAGUCAAGAAAGGAGAUUUACAGAGCUCUCAGGCUUAUUUGCAUGUAAAGCCUAUGCUUGGUGCGACAUUCACCGACCUAGUUCUGUGGAUUUUCUACCCAUUUAAUGGACCAUCCACUGCAAAACUUGGAUUAAUCGACAUUCCGUUAAGCCCGAUCGGAGAACACAUCGGAGAUUGGGAACAUUUGACAUUAAGGGUAAGUAAUUUCAAUGGUGUUUUGAGCAGUGUUUACUUUUCAGAACACAGUGGAGGGACAUGGGUUGAAACUCCAUUGCUUGAGUUUCAAAAUGGUAAUAAACCAGUAGCCUAUUCAGCUUUGAAUGGCCAUUCAAAUUAUGCAAAACCAGGCCUUGUACUACAAGGAAGUGCUGAGAUUGGGAUAAGGAAUGCCACUGAAAAGAGUGAUAAGGCUAUGGACAGUGGGGAGAGGUGUUUGGUGGUCUCAGCUGAGUUUGUUUCAUCCAUUGUUGAGCCACCAUGGCUGAACUAUGCUAGAAAGUGGGGUCCAAACAUUACUUAUAAGCUUGGGGUUGAGGUUGAGAAGGUGGAAAAUUUAUUGAGUGGGGACUUGAAAUCUUUGUUUGAGAGUGUGUUGAAUGUUCUUCCUGAUGAAGUUUAUGGGGAAGAAGGUCCUACUGGGCCCAAGGUGAAAAAUAGUUGGAGUGGUGAUGAAGCCUAGAAGAAGAUGUGAGGCUCUAUUCUUGUGGAUAAGCACUCCACUUUUAAAGUCGAGGUCUCAGAUUCGAAACUCUUCCUACCCCUGUAUCAAUACUGUUCGAACAUUAGAUGAAACCAUGAAGGAGUGUUAAUGCGUACAGUAGAACUGUUGGAGGCAUGGGCUUGGAAGCAUUCAUCAGUCACGCAUACAUUUUAGAGUCCUAUAUUUUCAUUUGUUUGUUAGUUAGGCUAUGUAAAUUAUUUUACUCAAGUAGUUCAGAUUGAAAUCUCAUUCAUUCAUCAUUUACUUUAUAUAUUGUGUAUUUAGAAACUAUGACUUGAGAAUAUGUAUGACAAUAUGAGAAUAGACAAC